GCUCUGCCCGUCGGUUUUCCCCCUCUCUCCCACCUUUUUUUUUUUUUUUUGCCGGUCGGCAUGUUCGCCCCCUCCCCCCACUCCACGAGGCGUUGCCAUGGCGGCGGCCGCGGGCACUUGGGCCUUCUCACUGCCCGCCCUGCGCAAGAUGCGGGAGUUGCUGUUGCGAGGCGCGGACGCCACGGACUGCGUGCAGGAAGCCAUGGCAGCUAUUGAAAAUGAUGAGGAGACAGGGAGUUAUGUAGUAGGACGAGGAGGCUACCCAAACAAAGAUGGAUUAAUCCAGUGUGAUGCUGCUGUAAUGGAAGGGCAUUCUUGUCAUUUUGGAGCAGUAGCGGCUCUGUCUGGAGUUGGAACACCACUAGCUGUAGCUCGUAAAGUCAUGGAGAGAAAUACCCACAGCUUCCUGGUUGGAGAUGGUGCUGCGGCCUUUGCAAGAGAGCAGGGCUUCAUGGUAGAGGACAAUGAAAGUAUGAUGACUGAACGGAGUGCAGAAGUUUAUAAGGAAUAUUUAGAGAAGAAAAAAAGUCCCAAAGGACACGAUACCUUAGCUACAGGAGAUGGAGACCAGAUCAUGUGUUUCUGUCCAUGCUUUCAUGUAGUUCUGCUAAUGAAACAGGGUUUGUCUCCAAUGGAUGCAUGUCAGACUGUGCUUGAGGAUAUACUCCAGAGAGUAGGAAAGGAAAAUAUGUUUGAACUUGGCAUAAUUGCAGUGAAUAUGAAGGGUGAAGCUGGAGCUGCUUCAUCAAUGCCAUUUCCAUACUGUGUCUGGUGUCAAGGACAGGAUUCUAUAGAGGAAUUAAUGCAACAACCCUGCAAGCUGUGAAAAAAAUACACUACAAGAAAAUUUGUCUAUGUCAUAUAGGGCAGAUUGUGAACCCCUUCUUUGUCUUUGCUAUGGUAAGCAGUACAAGUACAAGAUCCCACCAAGACCUACAGGGAUCUGCUCAGUACUCCUGAAAACCUGACUGAUAAACCAUGGAUAUUAGAUUUGGAGCUUAACUUUGUGCAUCUUUAAAAAAAAAAAAAAUCUUAGCUGAGAUAUUUUAGUCCUACAUCAUGCCACAAGUAAGCAGUGUCUGCCUUGCAUCUUAUUACUUAUUGGGCUACUAAUUUCUUUUCAGUUUUCUGACUGACUGUUAACUUGGAGCCCAAGUCUAUCAUUUUUUCUUGUGCUGAGUAGUAUUUUACUCAGUGGGUGCAUCUACAUGUGCAAUUAGCACAUAGCAAUAAACUCUAGCACAGUUUGCACCACAGUUUAUUGCUCCUGGGCACAGCAUUUUACAUGUGCAUCUGGGACACAGCAGCCCCUGGAUGGCAGAGGACCUGGGGGGGGUCAGUCUGCCAGCUCGGGAUUGCUCUGCCAUAGCUCAACAUGCUGCAGAGAGGCUGACCAGGGCACAAGGGGCAUUUGUAUACAUACUUGUGCUGCAGUGCCAGGCACUUUUAAAAGCAGCAAAAUGUGUGUCAGGCUGAGAAAAUGGUGGCAGUGUGCACUGCUGCCACUUUCUGCAUGCUGACAUGCAUUUUGCUGCUUAUAAACACUUGAUGCAGCGCAGUGUGCAUCAACUCACAUGCAGGGUAGAGUUGAUUAAUCAAGUGUGCUCCAACAUGCCGGAUCUCCGGCACAUCCCAGCACAAAAAUGUAUGUGUAUUAAUGCCCGAGGGUGCUACAGUGCAAGGUUAGCCAGCAGGCAGUCACCACAUUGUAGUACUUUCAUGGCCCCAGCCAGUUUUGAUCACCGUUUCCAUGUGUGUUUUUGGCACAUGUAACUACUACACUGCAGGAUAGUACUCAUCUUAGAUGAUACUUUCCUACAGUGGAGUUAAUUGAUUUACUGCCCCCCAGUACGGGCACACAUGCAGAAAGUAAUGCUUUACUGUGGAGCUAGGCAGCUGCAUAGUAAAAGCGCACAUGUAGAUACACCCAACUAAUAAUCCCAGUAAAUACAGAGGGCAGAAUUGGGUUUUAAUUAUUCUUGCUGCUGCCUUUUGAUGGAAAAUGGAGUUGAGUGUUGCUUGUUUUAGCCCUUUUCUGUGUAUAUAAGAAUAUGGCCAUACCAAAACACAGCUUAAUGCACACUUAAAAAAAAAGGGGGGGGGGGGGAAAUUGCGUGUUCACAUGAAAUAAAAAAGAAGCAAAAUGGAAUAAAAACCCAUAAACAACUCAAUUUACAGUUUAAUUCCUUAUUCUGCACCAGUGUCAAACCCUACUAAAGGAUUUAUAUUUAUAUUCACUUUCACAAAUAUAGUGGAUAUUAUAAAACACAAUCAAAUGAGAUUUUAAAGUGACUAAUUGACUAAAAUUGAAUUAAUGGUUUACUUGUUGCAUUCCUGCAAGUAUUGCAAACCAAAGGCUAGAUUCAUUUUAUAACUGAACUAUGCUGUAUGGACUAAAGAAAUUUACUGGAAUUCUUCCUUUGUACUGAAAUGUAUAUAUUGGAACUUUGACACAAAAAGUUGUUGAUUUAAUGUUUUUUGGAUCUUCUGAGGAUAGGUAACCUUUUAUUAAUCCUGAUUUUCAGAAUCUGUUAAGCAUGUGUCAUAAAUACAUAAAAUAAUUUUGUACUCAUAUUUUAUAGCUUUUUCAAAAAUAUUUCUCUUAAGUCUUCAAAGAUUUAUAAUAUGUAACUCUUUCUCUGAACUAAUAGAACAAGCAUUUUUAAAUACAGUUAUUAACUACAGUUCUAUAAGCUAUAGCUGAUUAAUAUCAACAGUGCACUGGUAAAAUAAAGAUGAUAACGUUACACUUUUCAACAGA